AUGACGGACGAGCUGUCCCUGCCGUUGCCAAUCACGAAUACAGACGAUACCCUCGACAACACGUCCACGGCCAGCGACACAAAAGCCUCUCAAUUUACAAGCGACAGUCUGAGCGCCAAGAUCGUUCUUCUGUCUGUCAAUGACGUGUACGACAUGGUCCCAAAUGAGCACGGCCACGGAGGAAUCGCAGAGUUUGCAACGCUGUUGGAGCGUGAAAAGGCUUUGCUUCCCAAGGACGUGACGCUGCUUGUGACGCUUAAUGGAGACUUCCUCUCGGGGUCGGAGAUGGCCGAACGCUUUAAAGGAGCCCACAUGAUCGAGUUGAUGAACCACUUGGAUAUCGGGUACGUCGUGCUGGGUAACCACGAAUUCGACUUUGGCGCUGAUGAACUCAAGGCGCGCAUGCGAGACUCGACGGCGAAAUGGUUUGGCUCCAAUGUGCUUGAUUCGGUAUCAGGCGCGCUGUUCGAGAACGUUGUGGAUAUAGAAGUUGUCAGCUUGAAAGACGGACUAAAGCUCGGAGUUUUUGGUGUAUGCACCGAGGAUACCCCGACGCUGUCAUUUCCAGGGAGCAGCAUCCAGUUUGACGACGUGUUUGCCACCUCUCGACGCUGUGUAGACGCACUAAAAGCUCAAGGCGCAGAUUUCAUUCUCGCGCUGACGCACUUGCCAAUUGCACAGGACAAGAAACUUGCCCGCCAAGUACCCGGCAUCAACUUGAUACUUGGCGGACACGACCACGAGCCAGUCACGAUGUAUGAAGGCAAGACAUUGAUCCAUAAAUCGGGACAGAAUGCGUUUUGGCUGGCCAAGCUCGAGUUUGAGUUGAAGCGGUCUACCAAACACCCGGAACGGGGACUUGUCAUCUUGCCGCAAUGGAGCAUGACUGCAAACGCGUACCUGCCACCACAGCCGGCAUGCCAGCAAAUUCUCUACAAGUACAUGCGCCAGAUGGCAAGCGAAGACAAUUCGACGAAAAACAAGCGGGUAUUGGCUACUUUAGCAACACCUUUGUCGACUCGUACAGCGCUUCUACGAGCUGGAGAAAGCAGCGGAGGCAAUUUGGUAGCAGAUGCUCUGCGGAGUGAACUAGCAGCGGACGUAGGGUUUAUCAACGGAGGCUUUAUCCGUGGAGACAAAGAGUAUCCAGCCAAAUCCAGCAUCACCGUGAACAUCUUAAAGCACGAGAUGCCGUUCCCGCGGCCCGCUGUGUUAGUGCGCAUAAAAGCCAGCGACCUGCGCGAUGCAUUGAUGCAGCAUCUGUGCAAGUACCCGCAGCAGAGUGGGUCACAUCCUCACGUAUCCGGACUCCGCUUGAUUAUCAAUAUGCAGUCGGAGCCUGCCGUAAUGACCAAGAUGGUGGACGACAGUGGCGAGUCAGUAGACAUGGAAAGGCAGCUCCUCGUGGCUACUUCCAAGUUCGUCGCGGACGGUGGCGACGGCUGCUCGUCGUGGCUCCAGGGAGAGAUUGUGCGUGAGACCGUUCAAAUUCCAGAGGUCGUGGCCGACUUUAUGCUGAAAAAGCGGUUGCUGGCAUAUCCGGAGCAUGAAGGACGUCUUACGAUUCUGGAGUGA